UCCGGGAAUGUGUUUAGGUCUUUUGAUCCAAUGAAUUGAGGGAUUUGUUAACCGCGGAAACGGCAAGCAUGAAAUAUGCUAAAUUGUAUUUAAAAAUUCAUAUAUACUGAAACAGCUCUAAACGGCAAACAAAGGACACUUCUAUGACGUGUUGUUCACAGCGCUGCCGUGUAAACAAUUAUACUCGAGAUGGGUUUGAUCAGGAUUUUUCUAUCGGUUUUUUCUCUGGUAUUUAGGACGUUAGAGUCUGUUGGUUUUCUGUGGGAUUUCAGUGUUCGAUUAUCGGAGUUUAUUUAUGGAAAACAACGAGGUACUAUUGUUAGCGGGCCUUCCAAUCCGAUUUUGAAAUUACCAGCCAAAGAUAUUGUGCAGUAUAUAAAACAACGAAGGAUGACUUGUGUGGAAGUGAUUCAAGCCUUUAUCGACAGGAUUCACGAAGUUAAUCCCUUGAUAAAUGCUGUUGUAGCGGAUCGAUUCCACGAAGCCUUGGAAGAGGCAAGAGGUAUUGACAAGGUUCUCGAUUCAAGCGAAUUGAACGACGAAAAAUCUGUUUUAAUGACUAAACCUUUGCUUGGAGUUCCUGUAACGGUGAAAGAAUCACUUGCAUGUAAAGGAUUCCCUCAUUCAGCCGGACUUGUGGAUCGUAAGAACACGAUUGCUACUAAAAAUGCGAAUGUUGUUGAAAAUCUCUUGCGAGCCGGUGCGAUUCCGAUCGCUGUCACUAACUGUAGCGAGUUGUGUAUGUGGUGGGAGACAGCUAACAACGUGUACGGAAGAACAAAUAAUCCUUACGACACAUCGAAAAUAGCCGGAGGUAGCUCUGGCGGGGAAGGGGCAAUUAUUUCCGCGGCUGGUUCAGUGUGCGGUGUUGGUUCUGAUGUCGGUGGAAGUGUGCGCAUGCCCGCAUUCUUCAACGGAAUAUUUGGUCAUAAGCCAAGUCCUUCCAUAGUCCCAAAUCAAGGACAUUUCCCUAAAGGCACUAGCGAGGCCUUCGACGAGUAUCUAGUUAUGGGACCACUGUGUAGGUACGCCGACGAUCUCAUCUUAAUGCUGAAGGCUAUGGCAGGCCCUCGACUCCAUGAACUUCGAUUGGACGAAGAAAUAGAUCUCUCAUCUCUCAAAGUUUACACUUUGGACAUAGAGGGCCCUUUCCUGACUUCACCUGUGGAACCCGACAUUCUGAUGGCCCUACAACAAGUCUGCUCUUUCUUACAGGAGCGCUAUGAUGCAACAGUUCAAGAUACUCACAUGAGCCUGUUUCAGUAUUCUCCUCUCAUCUGGUCUGCUACAGUUCAUGCAGCUGAGAAUAACAGAUUCGCAUCACAGAAUUUAAGCAAUGAGUCUGAGGCACUAGCAAUAAACCCGUUCACCGAAAUUUUCAAGUAUGUCCUGGGUUAUUCAAAAUAUCAUUACGUCACCCUGACGAUCGCGGGGAUUGAACAAGUUCGAGCGCCUUUGCCCAACUGCCUGCCGGAUGUGGCAUCAAACUUUGUGAAAAUGGGAGUCGAAUUAAGAGAAGAAAUUCAAACCCUUCUCGGGGAAGACGCCAUUUUGCUUUAUCCCUCUCACCCAAGUACGGCGCUUUCACAUCAUCGCCCAUCCCUUGCCCCGUUUAAUUUCAGUUACACUUCUAUUUUCAACGUGCUUCAUCUUCCAGUCACGCAAUGCCCUCUUGGACUUGACAGAAAUGGACUGCCGCUGGGCAUACAGAUCGUGGCUGGAAGAAAUAAUGACAGGCUGUCAAUCGCUGUUGCGAAGCAACUGGAACGUCACUUUGGAGGGUGGGAUUCCUGUUACCCUGGUAAAAAUUCUCAGAAGAAGCAGAUAUGAAUAAUAAAGUCAGGGGUUAAUUA